GUGCGUACGUACUGUGCAUCUGUGUCUGAGACUGAAUUACGUUUAGGAAAGUAGGUAGAUUCACAGGAUAACAGAUACAGAGAUGGCAAGGGGAAGAAGAGGCAGAGGCCGUGGUGGGAAAGCCAAAGUUGAUGAGAAUGCGGGUGGGGCUAAUGAAGCUGGCAAUGCAGAACAAGAUAAGGUUGAAGACAUUGACGAGUUCGAAGUUGAUGAAAAUGGUGAAGAUGAUGAUGGUGAAAUAGAUGAUUCUAUACUCGAAGAAGAGGAAGUAGAAGGAGGAGCGAUAGAUGAUGAAGCUGACAAAUCUGAAUCAAAGGACGCCAAAGGUGAUGAUGUCCAACCCUCAGAAGAAACGCCAAUGGAAACACAAGAAGCCACAAAGGAAUCUGAAGUAGAAGAGAAAACGGAAGAUAAACCAGCAGAACAGGCAUCUGAAAAGGCAGCAGAAAAGCCUGCUGAAGAGGAAAAGGAAGCUAGCCAAGAAGAGGCUGUGGAAGACACGAAAGAGAAAUCAUCUGCAAGUGAAGAAUCUAAGAAGGAAGGCGGAUCAAGGAAGAGGAAGAAGAAGGAACGUACCAGACCAUACGAGCUUGAGAAAUACUGGAAGGCAGUUAAGACGAAUCCUGCAGACUUCACUGGUUGGACGUACCUGCUGCAAUAUGUGGAGCAAGAGGAUUACAUGCCAUUUUACCGCGAAGCUUUUGAUGCUUUCUUCAAGUGCUAUCCAUAUUGUUAUGGUUACUGGAAGAAGUAUGCAGACUCCGAGAGAAAGAAGGGUACCAUCGAGAAGUGCUGGGAGGUCUUUGAGCGUGGAUUGAAGGCUAUUCCUCUGAGCUCUGAUCUCUGGCUACAUUACGUCAGUGUAAUGGGUCAACAUAUUCCUCGGUCGGAUGAAACCAGGGCUGACAAACUUAGAGCUUUGUAUGAAAGGGCACUUGAAGUUGCUGGAAUGGACUUCAGAUCAGAUAAACUGUGGGAUCAGUAUAUCAACUUUGAGAAGAAAGAACAGAAGGAUUGGAAGAGAGUCAUGCAGCUUUAUGAUAGAAUCCUCAAGAUACCAACCCAACUAUACAGACAUCACUUUGACAAACUGAAAGAGUUUAUCCAAGCCCAUCUUCCCAAGCAGUACCUGGACUUUGAUGAGUUCCUGAACUUCCGUGAACAGGUGGUAGCAGAGGCUAGUACAGGAGACAUGGAUGAUGAAAUACCUGGUGAGGAUGUUCCUCCUGGAGAGGAAGCACCCCCUGGUGAAGAAGCACCUCCAGGUGUUGGUCCACCAUCUACAAAGGUCAUAGAGGGAGAAAACAAGCUUAUUCAAGAGAAAGUAGUAGAAUCUCGCCGAGCCAUUUUCAGGAAGACUGAACAAGAGGUCAGCAAGCGUUGGGCCUAUGAAGAAGCGAUCCGUCGUCCUUACUUCCAUGCCAAGCCGCUGGAGAAGGGACAGCUGAAGACAUGGAGGGAAUACUUGGAGUUUGAAGAAAGCAUUGGUAACCACGAUAGGACAGUUCUGCUUUAUGAGAGAUGCCUGAUUGCAUGUGCACUCUAUGAAGAGUUUUGGAUUAAAUAUGCUCGGUAUAUGGAGAAGACAGGUCAGGAAGCUGCAUCAGAAGUAUUCAAGAGAGCAUGUGGGAUCCAUCUACCAUCUAAACCAGCUAUUAACAUACAAUGGGCAGCAUUUGAAGAAAAAUAUGGAAACAUUGAUCGUGCGAGAGAGAUCCUUGAGCAGCUUCAAACCAAGCAGCAAGAUUCUGUCAUGAUCCGUUUAGAACGCAUCAACUUUGAACGUAGAGCUGGCAACAAUGAUGAGGUUAUUAGGCUCUACGAGGGUUGCAUUGAUGAUGCUAAAACAGCCACUGGACAGUCUUUCUUUGCAGGAAAGCUAGCAAGGUUCUAUCAAAAGAUUCUGGGAGAUACUGAUACUGCCAUCAAGGUGCUGGAGAAGGUGUUAGUUCAAAAACAGGUUAGUCCUGUACUGAAAGAGCAGAUCUAUACACUGAUCAUGGAUGUGGAAUAUCAACGGUCACCACUCAAUGAAGAGAAGAUGACUGCCAUCUUUGAUACGGUCAUCUCGAGCAACGUACCUCAAGAUGUCAAGAUACAGUUUGCACAGCGCAAGAUACAGUUUCUACAGGACUUUGGUAACAACCCUGCAGCAACCCAUGAUGCCGUAGAUGAACAUCAGAAGUUGGUCAAGAACAUCUCAUCAAGCAAGAAACGUUCAGCAGAUUCCAGUGGGGAUGCCCCUUCUACACCAAACACCACCAGCCAGACUUCAAGCGAUACCAAGGCACCGGAGAAGAAGAAAGCUAAGACAACCAACAACCAGAAUGAUAACAAUUCCAGUGGUUCAGGGUAUAACUACAACAGUGGAUAUAAUUAUAACCAGCAGUCUGGAGGAACAGCAACAACAACAGCAGCAGCAGCAGCUAACACAGGAAUGGGGGGAGCUGAAAUGAGCUGGGCUAGCUGGGGUGCCUGGGGUGCUGCCCAACAAUAAUCAACAACAGGUUUCAGAUUGUAUUCUCAACACAGCAUUGAAAAUGACAUUAUACGAUGACAGUUUCAUCAGGACAACAUCUACUUAGUACUGGAACUGAGAUGUAGAAGAAACAGAACAUUGGUGGAAAGUUACCUCGUCUUUGUGUUUUGUCCUUCAGAAGAUCAUGGAUAAUCAAAGCUGCAUAGUCCCAAGCUUCAAAAUAUAUUUAAUUUGGUAAUCGUUAUUGGUGUCACUGUUUUCUAAUCGCUCAUUGAUGCAUGUCAGAUGAAUCAUUAUUGCCUUCUCAUUGAAGGUGGAUCUUUUUUAACAUAAUCAUUCAUGUUUUGAAAUUAAGAGCUGAUUGUGAAGUAGUUUUAUUUUUUUGUUCUUGUAAUAUCCAUAUCAUUGAACUGCAUUUCUGAAUCGGGUUUAAAUCAAUGAAUCCUAUGUAUUUUUACAUAAUAAUUCUCAUAAAUAUCCAAAAAUUAUUGAAUUCAUGAAAGAUUCUUGA